UCCAUUCCUAGGGAGGCCCUCGCUUCGGCUCCGGUACGCGGCUGGUAGCUGUAAGAGGAGUGCCCCUGGGGCAGGUAGAUUUGCUGCAGCUCCACGAGCUCCUGAAGCGGGGACGGUGGGAAGCGGAGGGCUUGCUCCUAGCUCCAACAAACUGCGGCGCCCGGUGAGUGGAGUCCCACGGGCUGGAGAGGGAUCUGAGCCGCGGGACUGAGGAAUUUGUUCUCUGUGGACUCAUUCAGCCAUUAUCCAUUCAGCAGGUUGGUGCAAUAGAACAAGACCCUGGGCAGUAUAAGGGGGUGGCGAGUAACUUUCCAUUGGGUAUCAGUGAAGCCCUAUCUGAGGAAGUUUCACUGGAGCUGAGACCUGAGCCAUCCCUGCAAAGAUAUUCAGGAAGAGAGAACAGCAACUGUUAGCCUAUUUUGCCUGAUUUCAUUGCGGAAAGGUGAAAAGUUACAAGUUUACUGAUAGUUCCAUGUUACAUCUUCCAUUAAAAGGAACGUAUAUUGAAGCUAUUCACAAUAUUAAUAUCUAAGACCUGUCAGCUGCAAAGAAAAAGACCCCUUCCAACUGCCAGAGCAGUACAGGAGCCAUGGCCUACUGUCCUACAAGGCUGAGGACCAGACAAACUUAUUCGUGGGUUGACAAGCCAUUGGAUCGAAAACUGCACUACCAAACCUACAAAGAAAUGAGUGUGAAAAUAGAAGGUCGUUUGCCUGAGAUUGACCUCCAAGUUGGACAGUUUGUGCUGAUUGAAGGGGAUGAUGAUGAAAAUCCAUAUGUUGCUAAAUUGGUUGAGUUGUUUGAAGACGAUUCUGAACCUUAUUCCAAGAAACGUGCUCGAGUACAAUGGUUUAUCCGAUUCUGUGAAGUCCCUGUCUGUAAACAGCAUUUGCUGGGCCGGAAGCCUGAUGCACAAGAGAUAUUCUGGUAUGAUUACCCUGCCUGUAACAGCAACAUUAAUGCCGAGACCAUCAUUGGCCACGUGCAGGUAGUAGCUUUAGCCCCAGAUGAAGUGAUACCUAUGGAUCUGAAAAAUGAGAAGACAUUCUUUGUUAAACUAUCUUGGAAUGAGAAAAAAUUCAAACCACUACCUCCAGAACUAUUUGCACAGUUGGAUAAGCUACAGGAAGGCAACCCUAGAUGCCAGAAGUCCGUGGAAGCCAAAACUAAGAGUACAGAAAGCCCUUCUUGGACCACAGCAGAACGUGUGGUCAAAAGGAUUGAAUCAAGGCACUCCACCUCCAAAUCUCGCCAAACUCCUUCCCAUCCUGUCACCCCAAGGGCAAGGAAGAGGCUGGAGCUCAGCAGUUUCCCUAGGACGCAUAACACUAGGAUUUCCCAGCAGACUUCAUGGGCCUCAUUGGAGUCUCCUGGAAGAAUGAAACGGAAAGUGGCCUUCUCUGAGAUCACCUCGCCUUCAAAGAGGUCUCAGCCUGAUGGUCCUCAGAACUCAUCUCCAGCUCUGAGAACCCCAGAGAAAGCUGGAGAGAUUCAGCAGUGUUGUGCCGAGGAUGACAAGAAGCCUUCACCUGAUGGUUGCAUGAUCCUGAGAACUCGAGUCGCAGCUUUGAAAACGACAGAGACUAGUGAAGAAAGAACACUUACUCCUAUCAAGGGGGGACAGAAAUCCUCGGUGGUGCCUUCUGUGAUUCUGAAACCAGAAAACAUCAAAAUGAGGGAGGCCAAAGAACCAGUUCAGGAUGAAGCUACCUCUACUCCCCAUCGUAUCCGCAGAAAGAGCUCUCUCUUGACUUUGAAUCGGAUGAGGCAGCAGCUUAGGUUUUUAGGUAAUAGUAAAAGUGACCAAGAAGAGGAAGAGUUUCUGCCGGUAGCCAAGAUUUCAGCCUCUGACAGUGAGGAGGAAGAGGCUUCCACACCCCCUCUUCCAAGGAGAACACGCAGCAAUGUGUCCAGGAACCUACACUCUUCCAUGAAGUCAUCCUUACAGACCCCCUCCAAGACACCAAAGAAAACCCCCGAGACCAGAACACCACGUCACGCCACUCCCCGGAUCCGCAGCCGAAACCUGGCUGCCCAGGAGCCCGCCAAUGUGCUGGAGGAGGCCCGGCUGAGGCUGCAUGUUUCUGCUGUACCUGGGUCUCUUCCCUGUCGGGAACAGGAAUUCCAAGACAUGUACAACUUUGUGGAAAGCAAACUCCUUGACCAUACUGGAGGGUGCAUGUACAUCUCCGGGGUCCCUGGGACAGGGAAGACUGCCACUGUACACGAGGUGAUACGCUGCCUGCAGCAGGCAUCCCAAGCAAAUGAUGUUCCUCCCUUUCAAUACAUUGAGGUCAAUGGCAUGAAGCUGACAGAGCCCCACCAAGUCUAUGUGCAAAUCUUGCAGAGGCUGACGGGUCACAGGGCAACAGCUCACCACGCCGCAGAACUGCUGGCUAAGCGAUUCCGCACUCGAGGGUCCUCUCGGGAAACCACUGUGCUGCUUGUGGACGAGCUCGACCUUCUGUGGACUCAGAAACAAGACAUAAUGUACAAUCUCUUUGACUGGCCCACUCACAAGGAGGCCCGGCUUGUGGUCCUGACCAUCGCCAACACCAUGGAUCUGCCAGAGCGCCUCAUGAUGAACCGGGUGUCCAGCCGACUGGGUCUAACCAGGAUGUCCUUCCAGCCCUAUACUCACAGCCAACUGCAACAGAUCCUGGUGUCCCGACUCAAACAUUUAAAGGCCUUUGAGGAUGAUGCCAUCCAGUUGGUAGCCAGGAAGGUAGCAGCCCUCUCUGGAGAUGCACGACGCUGCCUGGACAUUUGUAGGCGUGCCACAGAGAUUUGUGAGUUCUCCUGCCAGAAGCCCGACUCCCCUGGCCUGGUCACUACAGCCCACUUACUGGAAGCAGUAGAGGAGAUGUUUUCAUCGUCAUACAUCACUGCCAUCAAAAAUUCCUCCGUUCUGGAACAGAGCUUCCUGAGAGCCAUCCUUGCAGAGUUCCGUCGAUCAGGACUGGAGGAAGCAACAUUUCAACAGGUAUACAGUCAACACGUGGCACUGUGCAGGAUGGAGGGUCUCCCAUACCCCACCAUGUCAGAGACCAUGGCGGUGUGCUCUCACCUAGGCUCCUGCCGCCUCCUCCUUGUGGAGCCCAGCAGGAAUGACCUGCUCCUUCGUGUGCGGCUCAACAUCAGCCAGGAUGACGUUCUGUAUGCGCUGAAAGAAGAGUGAAGGGCUUCACAAGGAAAAACUGUGAUCUGCUGUUUUUAAAGAGCCCUAUUUCCAUUUCCUAAGCACAUGGAAUCAUUGUAGCAAAGUAUACUGAACAGCAAUGGCUGUCAUGUAUUUUGGAAUUUUCCAUUAAAUCAUUUGC